AUGAGGUCGUCCAUGCUGGUCCUGUUCCUCCUCUUCAGUGCCCAGGCUGUGGCCGCCAUCGGAGGAGCAGCGCAGCAGCAGGGUCCAGGCAACAACCACAACCCCAACACCUCCAUCCCCACGGUGGACCCCAAACUCUUCACCAAGCGCCGCUACCUCUCACCCAGGGUGCUCUUCAGCGCUCAGCCGCCCGAUGCAGAGCCAGCAGAGUCUCAGGGUGUCGGCAGGAGGACCCGCAGGCGAGCCGGUCAGCCUCAGCACCGCGGGGUCUACUCAGUGUGCGAGAGCAUCAGCGUGUGGGUGGGCAACAAGACCAAAGCCACGGACAUCUCGGGCAACGAGGUGACAGUGCUGCCGGACGUGAACAUCAACAAUGUCAACAAGAAGCAGUACUUCUUUGAGACGACGUGUCACAGCGCCCGCUCGGGCAGCUCUGGCUGUUUGGGAAUCGACGCCAGACACUGGAAUUCCUACUGCACCAACUCGCACACUUUUGUACGAGCGCUGACUUCGUUUAAGAACCUGGUGGCGUGGAGGCUCAUACGCAUCAACGUGGCCUGUGUGUGCGUGCUGAGCCGCAAGUCGUGGCGGCAGUGA